UCACGCCGUCAACUCGUCGGGGUUGCACGCAUGCGCAGAAUACUCGUUGGAGUUUCACUUUAAGUCCAGUUAACAUGAAGACGUCUUAUUCCUUUGUCUCUUCGUCGCUUACUCGUUUUUCCAUCCUUGUUUUGUUCGGCUCCCAUUUGUCACUGGGCGUCGACGCGUCAUCGCGGCUCCAAAAGAAAAGAGAAGUCCUGUGUGCGGAUGGACUGUACCAACAUGACUCAAUAACCUGUUGCCUGUGUGCCAUUGGUCAGCGACUGAAGAAGCACUGCACUGCUGCCAGUCCACAAGAUACGCAAUGUGAGCCAUGUGAACCGGGCUUGUACAACAGCCACCCAAACCAGGACAACAACUGCAAGCGCUGCACCUCCUGCUCACAUCAAAAUGCCAAUCUGGAGGUGGAGUCUGCUUGUACCCGAGCACGCGACACCAAGUGCCGGUGCAAAGCGCACCACUAUUGCAUUAGCGCCGAUGAUCAAGACUGUAAACUCUGCAGUUCUUGUACAGAGUGCGGCCUGGAAGGCGUCAAAGUAGCCUGUACAGCCACCAAUGACACUGUAUGCAAUGACAAAUUAAAAGUGAGAACUCGUGUCUGGAUAGCAGUCGCUAUAGCUUGUGCAGCUGUCACAAUAAUAAUAAUAAUUGGUGUGUCCUUUCGAAGGAGCCGCAAACACCGAAGGAACCACCAACGGAGCUCGAACAAUCCAGCGACGAUGGGGUUGGAGAUGGAGCCAAUUAACAGACCCUUAGGACCCAUACCAUGUACAGACCCUUCGCGGCACCUGCCCGCGAUCGCAGAAGAGCUCGGGUGGAAGACUAUGGUCAACGUGGCAACGCGGAGCGGGAUAAACAUGGUCACAAUUGACAGCUGCAGACUCGACCACCCGCAUGACAGUGAGGAGCGCACACUGCAGCUACUGAGGAAGUGGACCGAGUAUCAAGGCAUGGACGCUAUGGAAAACUUGAUCCAAAUCCUGCACGACAUCAGGCAGAAUUACAAAGCGCAAAAGGUGAAGUCCAUUGUAUUCCAAAUUUGACAUUAUAUGCACUUUUACUUGAAAGAACAACUGUGACAGAUGAUAGGAUUUCCAAGGAGAAUGUUUUUAUGCCAGUGCACAAAAACAUAAAAAUAUUUUCAGUGAGCGAAAUUUUGAGCUAAAAUCUUAUAUGUGCAAUUAUCAUGAAUUAAUUUGAACAAUACGGGUCGAGGGCAGCCCGGUAGUCCAGUGGUUAGCACGUCGGCUUCACAGUGCAGAGGUACCGGGUUCGAUUCCAGCUCCGGCCUCCCUGUGUGGAGUUUGCAUGUUCUCUCCGGGCCUGCGUGGGUUUUCUCCGGGUGCUCCGGUUUCCUCCCACAUUCCAAAAACAUGCGUGGCAGGCUGAUUGAACACUCUAAAUUGUCCCUAGGUGUGAGUGUGAGUGCGAAUGGUUGUUCGUCUCUGUGUGCCCUGUGAUUGGCUGGCAACCGAUUCAGGGUGUCCCCCGCCUACUGACCGGAGACAGCUGGGAUAGGCUCCAGCACCCCCCGCGACCCUAGUGAGGAACAAGCGGUUCGGAAGAUGAAUGAAUGAAUGAAUACGGGUCGAAAUGUUUACAUCAGAAUUUGUGUUGUGUGUGUUUAUACCAAAGUGUUUACAUCUCUUCCAGCAGUUAAGCUUGGAACAAAAGUAAGCAACUCACAAAAUGAGUCUUAAAAAAAGCUGUAAAGUUGUCUGUCCCUUGCCAUCAAGGUUCACUUUUUGCGCUCUCCCUGUGACUUUUAAAUUCUCCAUAUCUAAUGUUUUAUCACAUAUUUUUAUUUGUUUUGAUUUUUUUUUUUUUUUGCUGAAGUCCUGGAUUUUGCAUGCUUCAUUUUGUCCACGAGGACUGUUAACUGCAGACAAAAAUUCCGCCUGGUAUUGUGAUGAGGGAUUUUUAUAUAACCUACAGAGGUGAACUUAAUUUGCCCUUGUCUCAACUUUUCAUGCGCAUGUCCACCCGUUAAUCUCCCUGUACGUUUUGCACAACUUGCUGUUCUUUCCAAGGUGGUGAACAGCAAAGUUUACAACAACAGUUGGACCCAUGAAAAUGUCAAUAUUUUUAGGCUUUUCUGUGACUCUACCAGUCUCUCUAUUUCUUUUGCAACCUGCUGAGUGGUGACACUCUGUGCAUAUAAAUUUCAUCCGAAAAUGUCACCCAAAAAACGAAAAUCCCUUUUUGUGAAUAGUCUCGAAAAGGAUGAUUUAAGCCUUGUCUGCUUUGGAGACCUCUGGCUGUGUUUGUAUGUCGUGCAAUAAAUAAAAUAUACCGGUAGACUGACAAAAUAUAGUUUAAUCUUGGUUUUAAAAAAGGUUCUGUAUUCAAACAUAUUCAAACAACAGAUGAGAAUGAAUUUACUUUACCAUAAAGACUAGAAUUUAUGCACAAAGAAUAGUUUGGAAGAAAAAAAAAACAUGCUGUAUUAUUUUCUGUGUAUUGUAGUAAAAAUGCUGUUUAAAAUGUUGAUGUAAAAUUAAACAGCAGAUGCAAACUUG